AAAUGGGUCCAGCCUAAAACAAUCGGCCAUUGGUGUGUUCUGAGGGUAUUUUAUAUAUAACCGCAACCCUAGAUUUGAUUUUUGUUUCGCUUUCAUCGAGAAAAAGAGCACAGUUACAAGAGGGCAGCAGACAAAGCAACCACGACUCAUAUAAAAACAAAUUAGAGGAGCGGCAGCAGCAGCACGCACAAACACACACACUCUCUCCCAUUUCUCUGUUGACAGGGUUAAUUAUUCAUCUGCUUGUUCUUCGUCCUCAGUCCUAAUACAGUCAAUCAAAUGUUCCGCGGAAAAAAACUCAAGACUUCUCCUAAGGUUGCCGGAAAACCGGAUAAACCUGACUUUCUCGACGGAUUACCCGACGAUCUCGCCGUUUAUAUCCUUUGCAAGCUUAGCUCCUCCGCUUCUUGUCCCUCGGAUUUCAUCAACGUCCUCUUAACAUGCAAAAGAUUGAACCAUUUAGCUCUUCAUCCAUUUGUUUUAUCAAAAGCCGGUACGAAUACACUUGCAAUCAGAGCAAAGAACUGGUCAGAUUCGGCGCACCGUUUCCUCAAACUCUGUAUUAACGCCGGCAACACCGACGCCGCCUACGCUCUUGGCAUGAUCCGAUUUUACUGUUUACAAAACCAAGGGAGUGGAACCUCUUUAAUGGCUAAGGCUGCUAUUAAAUCACACGUGUCGGCGCUUUAUUCUCUCUCCGUGAUACAAUUUAACGGCAGCGGUGCUUCUAGAAAUGAGAAAGAUCUCCGAGCCGGCGUUGCGCUGUGCGCUCGAGCUGCUUUACUCGGCCAUAUCGAUGCCGUACGUGAGCUUGGUCAUUGCCUUCAAGACGGCUACGGCGUGCGGCAAAACAUCCUCAAAGGUCGGCGAUUAUUAGUCGAGGCUAACGCACGUGAAUUCAUGCAAUCCUUACCUUUACCUCUGGCGCGGACAAAUCAUCCCAAACGUUUGCAUUGCGGUUCAACUACUUGGGGCUGUCCGUUGUUAAGUGAUUUCGGAUAUAAUGUGGGCGCGCCGGAGAUGCACCCGGUGAACAGGUUUUUAAAAGAAUGGUUCGAGUCGGGCAAGGGUGAGUUAGCCCCCGGGUUAAGGUUGUGUUCGCAUAGCGGGUGCGGUCGACCCGAGACACGUCCACACGAGUUUCGAAGGUGUUCCGCCUGUGGGACCGUGAAUUAUUGUUCUAGAGGAUGUCAAGCCCUUGAUUGGAAGUUGAGACACAAGAUGGAAUGUGUGCCGAUGGAUCGGUGGAUUAUCGAGGAUGACGGUCAUGGGGUCGCAGGAAUGGUGGAGAUGGUGGGACCCGGGAACGUGGGGCCCGUGUGAUGGUAGGCAUUAGCAAGCAAAUUUUAGUUUGAGGUCGGGAUGUGAUGUUAAUUUUAUUUUAUCCUGUUUUAUAUUACUUAUUGUGUAAAUAAUUAAAAAAAAAAAAGAUUUUGGGAUUGAAAUUGAUUGUGUACCACAAAAGAAACGGCGCCGGCGGGAUAAGUUUUUGGAAAAAAUAUUUUCCAUUUGUUGACUAAGUAUAUCAGAAAAUCUUAAAUCUAAUAAAUAUAUCUUAUUAGAUAUUUUCUGGAA